UUACCCAGCAGUUCUUCGCUGUCCAGUUUUUAUAUUUGUAGUUUGCAUUGAAUGAAUUAUACGUAAUGCAGACACUGAAUGAAUAAUAAAUAAUGCAGGCAUGUCGUUAAUCAUACACGGAAAUGGUAUUCAGACAGUCGGGAAGUAAGUAUUCAGGCGCAGUACAACGGGCCGCGUCCUUUGUUGUCAUAGAGACAGUUGGAAGGCGCUCCAAGCGGACCUACUAUGCGAAAGUAAUUUAGGAUCUGUGGAAAUAAUAUCUGGGAUUUUAAUGAAAAUGGGAACAAGGACUGUCCGUUAUCAUAGAAACAGGGAACGACAAGCCUACGUAUGACAUUGCGCGAGCUGCCGCUGAGAAGGACGCAAACCUUGAUGCCCAUGCAUAGCACUUGGUCCGACUGCGCCAAGAGUUUGCCCUUUACUUCAUUUCAAUGAAAGCUGCCAGGGAAGAGAAGAAACAUCAGUCGGUGCUGUGUCAGCAUCCUCUCAGAAUGCUUUUACAAAGUCUUGACAAGUCUCACAAGGCAGAUAUUGCAGUUUAUAGUUCAGGGCACUUAAACCCUGCCAAUCUGUAUAAACCACUGAAAAGGGCAAAAAAUGCUUCAUGGGAGAGUGCCAACAAGCCAGUGCCUACCAUAAAAGAAAAAAGUGAACUCUACUCUCAUUCAGUGUUAAAAACAAAUGCCAGGAAAAUGAUAGAUGCAUUGGCAGAUUUCACUGUAAUGACCAGUCUUGGUCCUGGACAGUACCCAGCAUCGCCUUUCUAUCCUGAGAAACCUACAGGAACACCAGCUACCUGCUUUUCAACAGAGGCAACUGGUACAGAUGAAGGUACCCACAUCAAAGGUGGAAGAAUUUUCCCUGAAAUUGUAACUUCUCGGCUUGGGGACUCGUAUAUCAGAGUGGAUCCACAGAUCCCUGAAACAAAAGUAUUAGUACCCAAGUCAGUUAAGACUGGUAGAUAUUAUCUGCAUGACAGGAUGGAGCAAUUCCAGUUUGUGCCUUCUUAUUUGGCUGGGAUAACAAAAAAGGAUCAGUUUGCUAUACUAAAAAGCUUCCAGAAAAACAUUAUCAGAAAGAAUGACAUGCUGGAAAUGAAUGUUAUGUCUGGAAGUAGAUCUGUUGAGAAACAUGAAUGGAAAUUAACUCAGGCACUGAUGAAGAUAAAGUUUGCCAGCGACUCAGAUUUUAGAUGUGUGCAAGUCUGCAGUGAUGUUUUACAAGAUAUUUGCCAGGACUCCUUGACAUUUUGUGACAUUUUAACAGAAAUUAAGAGUGAAUACGACUUAUACUUGUCACAUCUUUUGAGUUUUCAACCAGUUACUCAGCACAAGGUGAUGUUGGCUGAACUACAGCAUAUUCAGCAAACAAAAGUCAAAAGCCAGGAUGUAACAGAAGUCAAGAAUCAAGUCUUGCAGUUGGAGCAGGAAGCUAGAAAUGCUUUAGAUAAAAAUGAACAGUUAAGAAAUGAAUUAAAGACCAAACUUUCACAACCUAAACCUAUUCCUAAAGACAUGGGACCAAAGAAGAAGCCUACCAUACAGACACCUGCUGAAGCACAUGUCACCAUCGCAGAGCAAGUCCAGUCUAAGAGGUGCCAAGCUCUUGCCUUGUGGGAAGAAAUUAAAAAGUUAGAAAAAGAGAUAAAAGAAACCAUGACACAUGUAUCUACCAUACAUACCAUCAAAGAAUGUAUUAAUGAGACAGAGGCAGAAACCAAAAUGCUUCAGGAUUCUAAUGAGUUACUUCAAAAAAGUAUCAAUGAUAUUGAGAUCAAUAUUAAUGAAGAAUUAAAGCAACUGAGUGUUAGCCAAGAAACUCAUGCAGAACUGUGGCAUCUGAUAACAAACUUCUUGUCAGAAGAGAAUGAUGGAUCAGCAAAUGAAUUAGAGUCAGGCCUAGAAGCCUUGGAAGUGCAUUUGAAGGCUGUGUCAGUAUAAUUAGUCUGAUAUGUUUUGGAACAAGCAUGCCAUACCUUUUCAAUUACUUGUAACUGAAACAUUUUAACCUCACCUUGCUAAUGCAAUUAAGUUUUAAGACUGGAUAUUCCUUGCUGUUAGUACAUUUUCUAUUUGCUUUCUUUCACUGUGAUUGACACUUUAGUUUUCAACAUAAUAAAUUUGCUGUCAACACUUUUCUAUAAUGUCCUAUAAAUAGUAGAACUUAUUUUGCUGGUCUCUCCUUUGGGGUUUUAAAUGCCAUCUUUAUUGAUUAUUGGUUCAUUGCACAAUUUUUAUACAUGUCAGUUUUCUGAAGUGUAGCAAUUCAUCACUGUAACAUUUACCGUUAUAUUAUGCUUUAUGCUGUAGCAGCAGAUCUACAGUAACAUUUAUUCGUCACAAGCAAAAAACAAAUCAACAGCACAUCUGUUCUGCUGUAGUAGUUAUAUUUUCCUCUGCAUGCAUUAAUGGUUUAUGACAACUGGGGAUUAGUGGAAAUGCAAGCAUUUGAAUUUGCAUUUAAUGUAAAUGCAUCAGGCAUUAGCAUUCAUGAUUUAAACUUACUUGUGCUUAUAGGAUUGCUUUCAUUAAGACCUUCUUUUAAAAUUUCUGACCCACUGCACUGCAGAAGGAAAAAUGUUAACUAACAGAACCUAGUGUUUUUAAACAAUAUAUAUUUUCAAGAAAAAAUGUUAGUUGAUGGCUGCAAUAUUUCAUUUUAUGAAGUAUAUUUAUUUACUGCUAAAUGAUUUGCAUAAUAUCAAUAUCACAGCAUUUUUCAGCAAGAUUAUAUAGUAAAUGUUUUGAGGUAAAACCAAUAAUACACAAAUUGAUAAUAGUAUAUAAAUGUGCACUUUAUAUUAGCUAGAGUACAUGAAUACCCUUCUAGCAUAAAGAUUCAGAGAUUCAAAGAUUCAAAGUAAACUUUAUUGUCAUUUAGGACCACACGUGUUGCCUAAAUGAAAUGUCAUGCAUCAGCUCCUACUUGAGAUUACAAACAGAAAGUAAAGCAACACACGCAAGUAAAAGAAUGAACACAACUAACAUAUUAAAUCCUACUCCCAGUACCCAUACAAAAGAGCAGAAAAAAUUCCAACACUUGAAUACAGAAUAAGUACACCCUUCCCUAAGUUAUAAUAACUGCCUCGUUUAAAUAAAAGGCACAUUACAGACUCCACAUUGCUUAAGUGCCUGUUUAACAUUGCACUUAAUAGAGAUGAUAUAAAUAAAUAUUGGACUUACUUGGAA